CAAAUUGAUGUUAAUGACUUAAUAAUUUGCACCCAGAACAUGUGUGUUAGUUUUGACGAGAUUAAAGGUAUAAAUAUUGAUGCGAGUCAAACAUGAAGAGCUUUAUUGAUUUUCAAUUGACAUCGUCUAUAUCGUACAUCAGUGUAUCUGGACAGAUUUUGGUCCUGGUGAAGAAGAAAUGGAAUAUUUUGGCACCGUUUCACAAGUGUAAUAAAAUAAAUAAAAAUUUUAAAAAAAUUUGACUGUUGGACAAUGCAAAUUGGUGUCGAAUUAAGUUAUUUGGUUUAAAAGUGAAUAACAAAUAGCAAGCAAAACAAAUUUUGUUAAAAAAGAAGAAGAAGUUUUUAAUAGAGAGUGUGUGAUCGGCUGUGAGGUUCCUAGUUCUGCGACUCAAAGUGAAUAAAAUUACGCAAAAUGGGCAAAAACAAAAUUAAUAUCGAACCGAAUAAUCGAACGAGUGCUAGCAGUUUAAAUGACUCGGAGAAAGGAGUGUACAGCAUACAUGGCGUCACAGGUUCACAGUAUUCGGUCAACACAGAUCCGACUUCGUACGGUUCCAAUGAUUUUGCACUGACACCGAAUCGACGAAUAUCUGUGAUCAAUCAGGCGAAAGAAGCCAUUGUGCAGUUAGAUCCAAAGAAAUUUUUCCGCAAAAAAAUGUUGACCAAACGUUUUCCCAUUUUACAAUGGUUGCCCAAAUACAGUGCUGACGAUGCAAUUGGUGAUCUUAUUGCUGGCAUUACCGUUGGUUUAACCGUAAUACCGCAAGCGCUUGCUUACGCAGGUAUCGCUGGACUUCCACCACAAGCCGGUUUAUACGGAUCGUUUAUCGGCGCAAUACUUUACAUAUUCAUCGGGUCAUGUCGAUGCGUAAAUGUUGGUCCGUCGUCCACGUCGUCGUUUUUAACAAAUCAAGUAGCUGGUGGAGAUUGGCCGCGAGCCGUUCUGUGCGGUGUUAUAGCUGGAAUCAUUGAAUUUGCGAUGGGCAUUUUUGGAUUGGGAUUCCUUAUCGAUUUCGUUUCGGAGCCGGUGUUGAGUGGAUUUUCCAGUGCUGUUGCCAUCAUGAUAUUCACCGGUCAGAUCAAAUCGUUGCUUGGUAUUAACGCAACGGGGCAUACGUUUUUGCAGGUGUGGAAGACUAUUUUGCAGGACAUUCAAAAUACGAGAUUGGGAGACACAGUGAUGGGUGUUACGUGUUUAAUCGUACUGUUGGCGAUGAGGCAACUCCCAAAAAUCAAAAUCGGUCCAACCGAUGAUGACCGGAAGAACACAUGCCACAAAAUAUUCAACAAAUUCCUGUGGUACAUUGGAACGGCACGAAACUUUAUUGUGGUCGUGAUUUCCACAGCAAUUUCGUUCAUUCUCAUCGAAAACGAUCGCGGUGACAUACUGAAAACAAUCGGCCCAGUUCCGCAAGGUUUACCCGAAUUCCGGUUACCUCUCUUCACCGUAACGGAAACGAAAAACGAAACCGGCUUCGUCACACAACAGGGAGAAACAUUCUGGGACAUGAUUUCGUACAUGAACGUCGGACUGCUUGCCGUUCCGUUGAUUGCACUGAUCGAAACAAUGUCUAUAAAUAAAUCGGCCGCUAGAGGCAAACCGGUCGAUGCAACGCAAGAGCUGCUUGCCAUUGGUGCCGGCAGUCUUGUCAAUUGUUUCGUUGGAGGCUAUCCGGGAAAUGGGUCUUUCUCCAGAGGGGCUAUCAACAGGGAAUCUGGAGCAAGAACGCCGUUGGGAAGUCUGUAUUCGGGCGUACUAGUGAUAAUAGCUUUACUGUUUCUGACACCGUACUUUCAAUACAUACCGAAUUCAUCGCUGGCAGCUGUGAUUAUGGCGGCUGUAAUUUUUAUGGUUGAGUUGCACGUCAUAAAACCGUUGUGGAGAAGCAAGAGAAGUGAUUUGAUCCCAGCCUUUGCCUGCUUCAUAGCAUGUUUAAUGCUAGGCAUUCCGGUCGGAACAUUUAUGGGCAUUGGAGUGAAUAUGCUAUUCAUUAUGUACCACGCAGCUCGACCAAAAAUUCAAAUGGAACGACGAUACACCCUAAAGAACAACAAAUAUUUGCUGAUCAAACCCGAUCGGUGCCUCAUGUUCCCAUCGGUGGACUAUGUUCGGAAUUUGAUCAACAAGCAAGGUAUGAAAGAGCAAUUGCCGGUCAUCAUCGAUUGCACUUGUGUUUAUGGUGCCGAUUUCACGACCGCAACAGCGAUUAAAAUGUUGCUAGACGACUUUGGCUCCAGGCAGCAGUCACUGUUUUUCCUAAAUCUCAAACCGAGUGUGGCUGAAACAUUUGAAGGAGCUGAACUGGACAUGCAUGUGUACUACAGUUUAGAGUUGUUAGAACGCAUUGUUGAUGAUCCGAAAACGAAUGUGGACUUAUUGGACAAUGUUGUUGAUGACACAAAACCCAAACGACUAUGGACGCAAUUGUAAAAUUGUGGAAUGAUUGAAAUUGUUGUAAAUUGUUGAGUUAGGACCAAAGUUUGUUAGAUCUAGAAGCUGAAAUUGAUACUCUCUUUAAUAAAGUCAGAAUUGUAAGUAAA